GAAUGCUUUUAUUGGUCCAUAAAAGACUGUAAAUGUUGUCUUCUGCUCCAGUAUACAGUAUACAUACACACAUUCGGCUGCAGAGGCUGAAGCAGAGGGGAGCCACAGUGCAGCGCCCAAUGAGCAAGUCACUUGUUACAGUAUUUAGUCACCAGUGGAGGCUGGAGAAAGGGGGGAUGGCUCAUGGUAAUGGCUGGAACAUGUGUUUUGAUAGGGUUCUGUUCUACCUAUUACAAUGAGCCCAUCCUCUGAUUUUCAAAGUUACUCCAGCCACAUGUUAUCUGGUGCAGGAUGAAGUUGCCUUUUAGAUGCUGAUCUUGGGUCAGUUUUGCAUUUAUUUACAGUCCCUCCUUGUCCACAGGCUGCUUUCACGGUAAGGAAACAAAUACCCAAAUAUGUCAAAAUAUCCGUACUAUCCCUUUAACAGAGAGGCUUCACACAAGUGGACCCAGACGCAUGUAGAACAUUUUGAGCCUGGUGAAAUAUGUUCAUGUGCUAGAGCAUGAAAUGAGAUGGGGAGAGGGUACUGUUGGGUUUGGAUGGCAGAGGGACGAGCAGUGUGGGCGAGUUUGUGUGCAUCUCCUCUUUCCCUCAGUCCCUCACACCUUCUCCACUCCUGGUGUGUAAGUUUCCUCUUUUAUACCCCUCUCUCUCUCUCUCUCCCUCUGGAGCCAUUCGACAGCUCUCCCACCCCCCUUUACCUCCAUCACCACCAUCCUCCUCGCUCCACGCCCCCCUCCCCGCACACCCCUCCUCCUGUGAAGACCCGCUGUCUGCAGGCCGCCGCCGGCGAGUGGCUCGCCCUCGGCCCCCCCUCCUCCGAUAGCCCCAUAUCACCCACGCCGUACCCCAUCCCCACGAGCCCCCUCCCUUUCCUGGAAGCUCAAGAACGGAGGGCCACCCCUCCCGCACCGCCCAAACGAGGGCUCACCCCUCCACCCCGAAAUGCAUCCAGUCGUCUCGCUGCCUCCAUCCCGGCUGUCAAGCAGUGGCUGUUUGACUUAGACUUCUCCCCCUCAGUCCCUCCUUUCUCUCCGCCCCCUCCUCCUGACUCCUCCUCUCCCUCCGCCUCCCCCGUGCUUGACUCCUUGCUGGGAUACCUCGAAGAGAGGGGCCUGAGAGACAGUGAACAGAAUGAACGACUGUCCCUAGCAGGCAGAGGGGGAUUCUUCUGCGCUGAACCCGAGCCGGCGGACACUCCCGCAGGUUUGUUGCCAUGGUACAGGCCAAGUACUCAGCCAGUAUCCCUAGAACUAGAAACAGAACCCCUGUCUCUUCAGCAGCAAGUGGAAGAUCCCUAUGAUCAGUUGUUGUCUAUGUUCCUGGAUCAGCCCAUGUAUGACAAAGACGGGAGGGAGGUUCUCAGGCCGGCCGUGGAACCCCCACACGUGGCACUGACCAACGAAUCACAGAGCAGGGUUAGCCUCGAGAUGGAGUUUCAUAGGCCCGUGACUGCACAGCCCAUGUCCAUCACGCAGGACAGCCAAUCAAAAAGGGUGAAUAGGAGGACGGCAGGUUCUCAGAGGCCGAUGACAUUGUACAUUGAGGAAGAGGAGGAAGCUAUAGGAGGGGAAGAAGAGGAGGAGGAAGAAGAAAGGAACAUUGAUGUAGACUGUGGUACUAUAACUGUCCACAGAGAGGGACUGAAAACAGAGGUAGCGCAUGAUGUGUGGACCAGGUUUCAGACUAAGUUGAAGCAUACGCACAUGCUUGCUAACACCUAACCCGAGCCAAUUCCAAGCAGUUUUACACAGUUUGAUAAUACAUUUAAGAUGUACUUAUUAUAAUUAAAAAUACAUGGUUAACCAGGGCUUGGAUAUAUGGAGGCUUUUCAGUCAUAAAAUGGAAUUGACCCUAAAGCCCUGUAGUUUCACAUCUUGCCUUUUCCGGUCUCAUUUUACUUUGUUAUGCGGAACAAUGCUUCGUUAAUGAACCUACAUUUUGGAAUGGUGAUUCAGCUCGAGGUUUGACGCUGGGUGUGAUUGGUGUCACCUUUUCCUUCCCUUCCCAGGCUGAUGCCCGCUGUCACAGCACUUUGUGCAACCCGGCACAGUUAGAGCCCAUCACCCUCCUCCCUCCCCCGUCUCUCCUCCCUCCUCACCAUCCCCUGCUUUUUACUCUGCCUCACAACCAGCUGAAGCCCUGGCUAUCUCUUCUUCCUCUCCAACACUGUCCCGUCUUUCUCCCCCAAUCCCCCUCUCCUCCUCGCCACAGAUUGUGCCACCCUGCUCUCCUCCCUCCACUUCCCUCAUCUCUCCCGCUUACCUCUCCUCUCCUUCACCCUCCUCUCCACUUCUCACCUCUCCGCCUCCCACCACCUCACCCCUCCCUACCUCCCGCCCAUCCUCUACUCCUCCUCCCCCCACUUCUCCCACCCCUCUUGCUUCCUCCCUUUUGGCCUCACAUCAACCCAUCCCACCCCUGGUCUCCCCUGCUCCCCCCCAUCCCUCUCCUCCGACCUCCCCCAUCCCUGAUGCACAACAGGCGCUCCCUUCCUCCUCUUCUCCUCCUCCUCCUCCUCUCUCUUCCUCUCACUCCCCUCCACUCGUACCCUUUCCAGAGCCCAGGUCCCCUAAGAUCAAGGUAAAAAAAAAGACACUGCAGGUGCUCAUAUUGUGUUACAACAACUUAUAAGAAACGCUAACUCAAAUGAACCCUGACGGACUGUGUGUAUGUGUGUGUUGUGCCCUAAUACAUUUGAUUUACUCACCUGUUGGACCAGUGAAGUGUGUGUGUGUCGCUGUGUGAUAACAAUGCGUAAAUUAGCAGCAUGUUGGACGUCUGGUUGCAGAUGCCCAUAAGCUCAGUGUAUGCCAGUGUUAAUAUGAGAGAGUGCCAGUGUGUGUACCCAGGCUAGCUUCUUUUAGAUGUAUUGUGUGUAGCCUAUAAGAGGUGGUAUAAAUCACCUAUGCUGAAUAAACGGUGUAUGCCUUUGUAUGCAUGGGAAGACCGCCCUUGCCUAAAGCAUGAGUGGCUCAGGAGUUUGCAACCGAAGUGUCUUUGUGUCAAAUGACAACGUAUUCCCUAUAGAAUGCACUAACCUUUACCUUUGUAACAAAAAAUGGCGCAUUAUAUAGGGAAUAGGGUGUCCUUCGGGACAAUACCAGUGAUUCGCUGUGGUCAAAAUGCCUGCUCUUGUUCUUUCUGAAAAUGGAGGCUGACGGCCGUCUGUCUUGUUGUUGUCGCAUUUCUGGUUCUUUCAGCCUCCUUUUAAGCACGACCUCCUCGCGGUCGACGGUAAACCCCCCCGUAGCCCCGUCGCGACCCGAAGGUCCUGUCUGUCGCCUGUUAGAGGUCGAAGGGUAGGGGCGUGACACUAGCAGCUGUGCAUUGUGGGGAAUGUAGUCUUUGUUCUCUAAUAAAUACCCUGUUGGCUACCCCUGGAUUUCAGUGCAUGAUAUUGUUGGACCACAUUGUAGUGCAUUUGUUUCUUCGUGGGGGAUUGAGCAAUGAGAUGGGGUGUGUUUUUGUUAAGGUGUGGAUACGGGGGUUUAUUUGAUUCUGUUCUCAUCUGAAAGGGAAAUGGAGCCAAAAUGAUAAGUGUGACUCUCCAAAGCAGUGGAUUUAUAUCACCAUAUCAACUGUUUGUCACACUGUACUUAUUUCUCUCUCUCCCUCUGUCUCU